AUGGGUGUCGAAAAGAUUGUCAUCGCCGAGGGCAAAGGCCCUUCGCCACAAAAGGGCGAUACCGUCACCAUGGAGUACACUGGCUGGCUGAAGACGGCCGGCCAGCCAGACGACAAGGGCAAGCAAUUCGACUCUACGACCGGCCGUGGACCUUUCCAGACCGCUAUUGGUGUAGGACGCGUUAUCAAGGGAUGGGACGAGGGCGUUGUCCAGAUGAAGCUUGGUGAGAAGGCGAGGCUCAACAUCACCAGCGAUUACGCAUACGGUGCUCAGGAGUUCCCCGGCCUGAUUCCUCCCCACUCUGAUCUCAUCUUCGAGGUCGAGCUCAAGAAGAUCAACUAA